AUGAAAGUUAAGACGACCCCCUUCCUGGAGUAUUGCUAUUACUACCAGCAAGAGUAUGAGCGUGAGGUUGGUCGGCCUCUGGUUCUAUUCGAGUUAGCUGCACUGGCCUUCCCAGACUACUGGCACCAUGAACCAGCUGCAACUAGAGAGUACUUCAGAGUACUUGCAAAGGGAGGCAUCCCGGACCAAUGUCUGAGAGAUCAUCACUCUCAGAUUUCCUGUCAGCGUCUUGAUAAAAGACAGAGAGGGGACUCUCACGCACCAAGCUUCUUCUCUUACGCACCAAGCUUCUACUCGAACGCACCAAGCUUCUACUCGAACGCACCAAGCUUCUACUCAAACGCACCAAGCUUCUACUCUUACGCACCAAGCCUCUACUCGACCACACCAAGCCUCUACUCGAACGCACCAAGCUUCUACUCGAACGCACCAAGCUUCUACUUUUACGCACCAAGCUUCUACUUUUACGCACCAAGCUUCUACUCUUACGCACCAAGCGUCUACUCGAACGCACCAAGCUUCUACUCGAACGCACCAAGCUUCUACUUUUACGCACCAAGCUUCUACUUUUACGCACCAAGCCUCUACUCUUACGCACCAAGCGUCUACUCGAACGCACCAAGCGUCUACUCGAACGCACCAAGCUUCUACUCGAACGCACCAAGCUUCUACUUUUACGCACCAAGCCUCUACUCGAACGCACCAAGCUUCUACUUGAACGCACUAAGCUUCUAUUCUUAUGCACCAAGCUUCUAUUCUUACGCACUAAGCUUCUACUCUUACGCACCAAGCUUCUACAGUAUCCAAGAUCUUACUGACACAGAUGAACCCAAGAAACUAAAUUUCUUGUACAGUUCUACAUAUCCUGCUCCGAACUCUUUCGAAUAUGUGGACUUUCCUUGGGCUGGACAGAACAUCCAUACAGGUGCUGGAACCGGGCACGAACUUGGCGUGAGACCUUCUUUCUGUCAGCAACAGAGCAAACCAUCGUUUCUAUCUUGCACUGAAGAUAGUGAUUACACCAAAGACUCGAAUGCACCAAGCUUCUACAGUAUCCAAGAUCUUACUGACUUUCCUUGGUCUGGACAGGACAUCCAUACAGGCGCUGGAAGAGGGAUUUUCUGUCAGCGACUUGAUCAAAUAUCGUUUUCGUCCGCGUUUAGCUCUGAUGAUUUGUCUUACACCAAAUGUAACUUUCACGGAGGCAAGGGGCGGGGAUCACCAUGUGAACCAACUGAGCAGUACGGACCGGAUGAUGAUAACCUUGUGGACCAGCUACUACAGGACAUGGAGACUGAACUCACGCCCGAUACAUCUAGUGGACCAAACAGCUUCCUGGCCCGCCUCAUGAGAGGUAAUAAUACUACUACUACUACUACUACUACUACUCCUCCUACUACUACUCCUACUCCUCCUGCUACUCCUACUACUACUCCUCCUCCUACUACUACUACUCCUCCUCCUACUACUCCUCCUACUACUACUACUACUACUACUACUCCUCCUCCUACUACUACUACUCCUCCUCCUACUACUCCUCCUACUACUACUACUACUACUACUACUACUCCUACUACUACUACCAUCAGCCCCUCUGAUAAACGUUAUAGGGCUGCUCUGGUGGAGCGAAACAAAACAAAAGGGUUCGGCAGAGGACGGGGACGUAGAAAUACCACAACACAGCAACGAGAAGUUGCGCCGUUAGGCAGCUGCAGCACUGAGACCACCGGCCUAUAGGGAUACGCGGGAACUUUUUUAACUGUGGGAGUGGGUUUUAGUUUUUGUAUGGUGAAAAUUUAUUAAAUUUGGUAAAUGUAUUAUAUUAUGUGUUUUUAGAUAAAAACUUAUUUUAAAAUGUAAAAUGUUACAUCACUUUAGUUAUGGCUGCAUUGGCCGGUUCCAACCACGCCCAUUUAAUAAACUCCCACUAAUCAAUGCCACCAAAUACCAUAUUGAAACAUUCCACAUUCCAAGAGUUUUUAAUAGCUACAUCUUUGGAUUUUUUAGAACCUAAAUACUAGUGCUAUGAAGCUCUCCUAAGCAUCAUCUCUAUCAGCUGCACUGUAGAGACUGUAAAGACUGAAAGACACUCAAAGUUUCUCAACUUAUGACAGCGAUAGUUUAAAUGAGCCUGAUAUGUUUUACUUUGGGACAAUAUGUUUAAAAAAAAUUUUAGAACCUCUUUUAUUUUUUUGGAGCUGCAAUGACUAUUAAAAUGACCGGUAAAUCAAGAAAAAAAGAGCAAAAGGAAAAAAAUGAGUUGUCAAUAUUUGUUGCAGUCCCCAUUUUUGCACUAAAUUUAUUAUGAUUUAUUUUUGUAAAAGCUUCUUUUCGGGUUAUCAGCUCAUGUUUCUAGUUUGGGAACAAGCCUCGGUAUCAAGUCGCUGACAGGAGGUCUCAGCAGUGUAUGGUCGGGAUCACAUAGUGACCAUAUAAGGGCAUCACGUGAUCCCGGUCACACACUGCUUUUGAAGUAUUCUCCAACAAAUUCUAUUUUUAGAAAGUUCCCAUAAUAUCAACCAGUUCACUGAGGCCUUCUGUCAGCGACUUGAUAUCGAGGCAUUAUAGUAAAUACUAAUCAUACUAAGUGAUUACUGACUAAGUGACAAGUGAUUCAUGAUGCAGGUCCCCAAAACACUUUGAUGAAAUUCUGAUAGACUCGAUAGAGGUUUUUCUCUGACCGUUUCAAAACUGAGGCCAUUACUUAACGGUCAGUUUAUAUGAUUACUCUUUUUGAUGGGAUAAAUUGUACUGGUAUAAUAUAUUCUGGGUUAAAGCGGUUAAUUUAUUUGGGUUGUGUAAUUUAUUCGAAAUAUUACUAAAGUUAGCCCCGGUAUCAAGUCGUUGACAGGAAGUCUCAGCAGUGUAUGUCCGGGAGCAAGGAAUCAGAUCUUAUUCUGGUAUUUUCCUUGUUCCCGGGCACACACUGCCUUAGGUCUUAUAAACAUGCCCUAAAAUAUCAUCCCAACUCCCGUGCACCUGAGUUUAUUGUGCAUAUUUUAUUUAAUAACAGAGCAUAACUGAGACUUCCUGUCAGCGACUUGAUACCGAGGCAUUUUAAGGUUCCUUUAAUUACAAAGUAGAUUAAGAUACGGAAAUUUCUUUGGUAACGGGGGUCCUCGAUAUAUUACAGCAACCCGUUGAAUAAGCUUGAUAGAAGUCCCUCUAUAAUACUAUGAACUUUUCUAACCGAAGGUUUUACAACUUUAGGUUUCUUUUUUGAAGUGUGAUUUUUAAAUUUUUUAAUCAUGUCUUUGUAGGUUACGUCUUAAUUUGUAAAACUGUUGAACAGCUUUGGUAUAUUUUUAAUUUCCCAUUAAUUUCCAAAAUUGUAGCUAAAUUAUUCGUUGCAUUACUAAAGUUAGCCCCGAUAUCAAGUCGCUGACAGGAAGUCUCAGCAGUGUUUGGCCGGGAUCACACAGUGACCAUAUAAGGGCAUCACGUGUAUGGCCGGGAUCAAGUCUCACUCUGAUACUUUACUAUUCUGAUCUCGGUUAAUAAAAAUUCCAACAAAUCUCUGUCUCUAACUCAACCACUUUCCCGGUCACACACUGCCUUUAGAUAAACAGUUGCAGCUAAGACUAAGUCACUUUUUCUCCAAAUCCCAAUGAUGAAUGUGGCACUUUGGGUAUUGGCUUCAAACAGCUCGCUGUUAAUGUUAUAGCUAUCCCAGUUCUCACAAUCUGAGGGUUUUUGAUUAACUUCCAAAAUGUCACACUCAGCCGAUAAUUUUCCUAAAUAACAGUAGCUAAUUGAGACUUCCUGUCAGCGACUUGAUACCGAGGCAUUUGAAGAUUUUAUCGAUCAUACAAUAUAUUCAAUAUGUCUAUUCAAUUUCCGAUUUUCUCUAUUUCC